CCGCUGUAAUAUUAGCAACUUAGUUCCCUUUUUCGUGUGCGUAUAAAGAGAAGAAUUCCUUUUCAGCCAGACUCAGCCAGAGCCGCAAUGAAGGGUUUGACCGUGGCAGUGACCUUAGGGCUGCUUAUAAGUAGCAUCGUCCCACUCCAGGGCCUUCCUAUAGAAAGCCUGGUCGUUAACUUAAGGAAGUGCAAAUGUGCCAAGAAAACCUCAUCAGUCUUUGAUCUUGCGUACCUUAAGUCUGUUCGGGUGUUAUCUCCAAGUGUAUACUGCCGAAGGAAGGAAAUCAUAUUACUGACAAAAAAGGACCGGAAGAUCUGUGUUGACCCUAAUGCUCCUUGGGUUCAAGAAUUAAUAAAGGGCUUGACACAAAGACAAUCGUAGUAAACGACCAGAACAGAAAGCCACAAGAGAAGUCAGAAGGAACUAAUUGAAAUCCCUCCAUCAUCCCCUUUCCCCCUUCAUGUUUUCUUUUACUUAUAUUUACUCAACACUGCAGCCUGAAACUUCUUUGCUUUUCAGAGAAAUGGGCAUUGGCAACUGAUCUGAAUUUGCAGGAUGAAGCAUAAAGAAUAUAAAUAAAUAAAAAUUUCCAGCUACACCCACACACAAGCCCCUUGCCGGGUGUUUUUCUAAAUUAUCUCCAUGGAUGUCAUUCCCAAUAUCUUUACUUAGUGUUUUGAAACAACGAAGCAAGGGGAUCUGUAUUGUCAUUUUUAAUAGCACACACUUUCAGCGUGUGUGAAAUUUUCUAGGUUAGCAU